AUGGCGCCGGACCCGUGCGCCGACCUCGUGGUGACGCCCAAGACGGCAGCCAAGGACGAGGCGUCCUGCUCCGUGGCCACGCCCACGCCGCCCAAGGUCACCCCCGACGAGGUGCGCGCGGUGGCGCAAAAGUUCGCCGACCAGCCUAUCCAGGAGACGGAGCCCGGCGUCUGGGCCGUCCUCACCGCCAUCUCCAAGAAGGCCCGCCUCCGGCCCCAGGGAAUGAACAUUCUUUUGAGUGCUGAUGAGCACUGCCUAGGACGCACUGCUGAGGAGCGGUUUCAGAUUUUUGCCCAGCAGAUCAGUGGGAAGCAUUGCAAGAUAUACAAGGACACCGUCUUAGGGGAGCUCAACCGCCACGAGCCUGUGCCUGUUUUCCUCAAGGACACAAGUUCAAAUGGCACAUUCAUUAACUGGACAAGGCUCAAGAAAAAUUCAUCCCCAGUCAAGCUUAAUCAUGGGGACAUUAUAUCAUUUUCAUCACCUCCUCAUGACGACAAAUCCUUUGUAUUUGUCUACCGGGAAGUUAAAGCAAUCAGUUGUUUAGAAAAUGGAGCUCCCAUUCUUAAGAGGAAGUCAGAGGAGGGUGGUUCUGGAAGCAAGAGGCUAAAGGGUCUUGGUAUUGGUUCUCCUUAUGGUCCUGUUUCACUAGAUGAUGUCCGAAGACUAGAAAAAUCUAAUGCUGAUCUCAGGGAACAACUUGAGGCACAUGUUGUGACAAUUGAGACUUUGAGGGCUGAAAUAAAAACGGCCCAAGUGCAGCAUGGAAAGGAACUUGAGGAGUUGAGAGAAACUACGUCGAGUUCUUAUCUUGAUCAAACUAAAUCUCUUCGGUCAGCACUUGAGGAGAAACAGAAGCAAAUAGAUUCACUCAGUGCAUCAAAUACAGAGUUACAGAACUCUAUAAAAGAUCUCGAUGAAAGGCUUAGUGCAUCUAAACAAUCACGCGCGGAUGCUGAUGAGAUAAUUUCAAGCCAGAAAGCAAUCAUAUGUGAGCUUGAGGGACAGCUAAGUGAGGAGCGAAACUUAAGAAGAGAAGAGCGUGAUAAGGCUGCACAUGAUUUGAAAUCUGCAUUGCAUAAAGUGCAAGCCGAGGCUCAAGAAGAAAUUAAGAAACAGGCAGAGUCUUACCUUAGACAACAAAGGGAACAGAAAGAAGUUAUUAGCAAGCUUCAGGAAUCAGAAAAAGAAACCCGUUUGCUUGUGGAAACUUUGAGGUCCAAGCUGGAAGAUGCUCGAGAUAAUCUUGUAACAUCCGAGAAAAAAGUAAGAGAGCUGGAAGCUCAACUUCAUGACGAGCAGCUAGUAUCAGCCAACAAUCGAAAGAAAUCAGAAAAUCUGGAAACUGAAUUGAGAAAGCUGAAGAAGGAACUUGAGAAUGAGAAGGCUGCUCGAGAAGAAGCAUGGGCAAAGGUCUCAGCACUUGAGCUUGAAAUAGCUGCAACGAUUAGAGAUCUAUCAAUUGAGAAACAGAGGUACCAAGGAGCUAGAGAACGGAUUAUUCUACGGGAGACUCAGCUGCGUGCUUUCUAUUCAACUACAGAAGAAAUCUCUUCUCUGUUUGCGAAACAGCAGGAACAGCUGAAAGCUAUGCAGAGAACUUUGGAGGAUGAAGAGAACUAUGAGAGCACCUUAAUGAGUGUGGAUCUCAAUAAAGUGCCUCUAGCCACCGUAGCCACUGAUAAUGCUGGUAUGAAGCCAGUAGGCUGCUCAAAAAAUACAGUGGGAGCUUCAAGUGCUUCACCAGAAAAUACCCAGGUAAGUGAACAUAGUUCCAGUGACGAAGAUGCCAACAUGACUGAGCAGCAUGAUGAUGAUGGUACUGCCGAUGGUGACAGCACUCAAGGUCUAGAAUGCACCAGUCCAGAAAGGUCAGAGAGAUUAAGGCCGGGUUUUCAGGGCAAUCCUGUUUCUGCAGUUCCUGAGAGGGAGGUAACAGAUACUGAGCAAGUUCCUGAGACGGAAAGCCAAGCUGGUAAUGUUGGUUGUGAUGACCAAAGAUGUGACAAUAUGGGAGGAGAGACUAUGCCGCUAGAGGACGAAGUGCAGCUUCCAGAGAACGAGGAACCUAUUGCAUUGCUCAAAGAUGCAGGGCAACCACAAGCAAAUGUGGUUCCUAUUCCAAUCCCCAAUGAUGGCACUGGCCACUGUUCCGAAGAAAAACAUGAGGGUGCUUUCUCUGAGAGCAAACGGGAGGACACACAUGUUGGAGCUAUCGGAACGGCUGAUCUGUUGGCCUCAGAAGUUGCUGGGAGCUGGGCAGUGGAAACAGCUCCAUCUGUCAAUGGGGAGAACGAAUCUCCAAGGAGCUUGGGAGAUGCUGCCGAUGCUACAGAGCAAGACGAAGAUGGAGGUAGCAUGGCAGCUGAUGCUUUGUUAACUUUGGUGAAUUCAGAGGGCCAGGUGGCUGGGAGCCAGAAUAAUGUUGAGCAUGCCAGUUCCAAAAUAACCGAUGAUCAUCGUGUUCUUAGUGCCAUGAUUGGAAUUGUUGAUCCUGAAUUCAGGAAGCAAAUGUCCAGAAGUGGAGUUGGAAAUGAGGAACCGAUGUCUGACGCUGAGACGGAUGAAGGCAUCGAGGAAGGUGAUUCAGAUUCAGGUUCAGAUGGCAGUGACAGCGAGGAGGCAAUGGUUGAGGAUUCUGUUGGGUAG